GAUCGCCGGUCCACUGUGUCCCUCGGACACAGCGGAUCACAGAGCCGAAGAUGUCGGCUCGGUCAUGUGAUCAGCUGUGUCCAAUCACAGCUGAUCACAUGACACUGAUGAUCAGUGUGCCCUGAUGAUCAGUGUGGCCCCAGAAGUGCCACCUGUCAGUGCUCAUCAGUGCCAGUGCCCAUCAGUGCCACGUGCCAGUGCCCAUCAGUGCCACACCAAUGCCACAUAUCAGUGCAUACCAGUGCACAUCAAUUCCACAUAUCAGUGCCCAUCUGAGCUGCCUUUCAAUGUCACCCAUCAGUGCCAGUCAGUGCCACCUAUCAAUGACAAUCAGCGCCACCUAUCAGUGCUGCCAAUC